AUGGCAGAGGUCAUCGGUCUCGCGGCUAGCAUCAUCCAAAUCGCAGGUGCGGGCGCCAAGCUGUCCUCCGCACUUUACCACUUCACGACCUCAGCUGUGCGCGCGGACCAGGAUAUAACAGAUAUCGCAAGCGAUGUUGAGCUUACAUCUAACGCACUCGAGAGUGUUGGCAAGGUCUUUGAAACAGAAGAUGCGAAGUCGUUAGUUUCAAAGAAAGCUAUACAAGAUGCAAACAAUAUCAUUAAGCGAUGCGAGGCUGUUUUCAGUGAUAUUUCAGAGCUCGUUGAUAAGAGAAGGAAGAGUGCGAAAGAUGGAAAAAAGGGUUUGAGUGUCAUUGGCAAAUUGUCGUGGCCGAUGAAGGAGCAAAGAGUCGAGCUUCACAGGCGGAGACUAGAAAGUUUGAAGAACAGUCUUGUGUUGUUGUUACACGUCUUACAGCUCGCGCAGGGACAGGCUCGUGGGCAGCUGGAGAAGGACACCUUAGAAAAGGAGCGCGACAAGAUUCGAGACCUUCAUCAACGACAGCAAGAUUCUCUCAAGUGCUUACAAGCGCUAGAAACCAAGCUCAACAAGGUUGCACUUGAUGACGAAGUGACAUUGACUGGAUCCGCAACGACCUCACGCGUUCCAACUCUCGACCUCAUGCUCCAUAACCCGACGCAUGAUGCGCUCCUGCCGAUACAUACCAGUAGCCAGACUCAGCAAAACUCCAACAAGAUAAAUACUGUGGGUUUAGAAUCCGGCACUUCUGACAGCGAAGUCGCCACUACCGACGACGAAGACGAGCAUCUGUCACUAGAGGAAAUCACUACGGCAGCAAAACACGUGCAGAAACUCCUCAAACGUAUUACGAAGCUCCAACACACUUUCGCCACUACAGGAAAAGGCAAGGUUCAUAAGAAGAAGAGAGUGAACAAGAUCUAUCAGCGGUUCUGUCGAAAGUGGGAGGCCGACGUUGCCGCGACUCGACCUCCACAGCCAAUUCCAAAACUCGACAAAGAAGCGUACCAGCCUGAUCCUUUCAACCCCACUCCUAGGCCUAAGUCUAAUUGCGUUCGAACUACUGGAGAAACAGCACUGCCGUCAUUUUCAGAAUUGCUUCCUGUCAGUGAUAUCACCACUGGACCGCAGGAUGAGUCCAGGGCACAAAUGGUUACGCCAAAGGCGAGAAAGGCAAGGAAGCGCAAACUCAGAAUCGAUCCAGAAUAUGUGAAUCCCGCGGCGGAAAACUUGGGUUCGGUUGAAAGGCGACCACUGCCAGGGCCUCUGUAUUUGAUGGCGCCGAUGGACAUUGCGCCUGUGCCAGUUUCGCCAACAGUUGUGCAUGCCGGCGAUGUCUCUGCAGCCAUAGGCUUGGUGCGCGCCCACUCAUCGCAAGGUGGUCCUGCUUUAAACGUAAGUUCAGCACAUGCUGCGAGCCCACAGUCGGAAGCCCCAUCAACGGCCGCAUCACCUGUUCAUGUUUCACGUUCGCCCCAGCGAGCCCGGAUAAAGCGAUCUGCAACCAAACAUGAGAUAAAUCUCGAGGGAAAUACCGCACCUAGCGUACCUAGCCUAGGUUCAAGGCAAAGUGUCGAUCAGUACCCAAGUCUGCCGUCUGUUGAGCAACCAGGCCACCGCUCCGGCUACCAGUCCGUGUCACUUGGUGUUGAUGCAUACAAACUAGCAUAUGAUAGUGACCUGGAGGUGGAGACAGAGCGGCUAGAGCAUUUGCCAGGAAAGCUCGCAUGUACGCCUACUGAUAUAGGAUUUUCGGAAGCAUCAAACACAAGAAUGACACGAAGCAGGAGGAGAAGCUCAAGCACAGUCGAUCAACAAGAACUGUCACUACGUAUGUCUCCAAAGAACGGCCAGAAAACAACAGCAAAAAUGCCGGACGGGAGGUCUGUUUCACCUCCAGAGCCAAGGAAGCGUUCGUCGCGACAUAUGAGAAAGAUGGCAGAAUGUAGCAACAGUCCACAAGCUUGUGUCAAAAAGAGAGUGGACGACUUAGACUUCGACCUCGAAAGUAUGGAUGGAUAUGUCAUAGAUCAGCGAGAUGUCGCCGAUAUGACGACUAAUCUGCCACAGGGCUCGGCAAGUUUCCACGACGGAGUGCGCGAAACCAACACGAUUACUGAGAGUGGUGAAGAUGUAGAAAAAGUGCAAGGAAUUAAGAAACGAAAACGACCGAAAUCCAUAAAAGCUCUGACGUUAUCCAACGACCCUAUUGUAAAGAGGCAGAGAUUGAGUCCGACUGCUCAGGCAAACAUGACAGCUACGAGUAACCAUGCGCUGCCCGACCAAGCCGUGGAGAGAGACAUUGUCGACAUUUUGCUGGACCAGUGGACGGUCACUGUACACUGA